CAUGAUCAAAGUUCAGCUUCAGCCAACACGAUAAACAGAAACAAAAAUAAUGAAUGUCAUUAAUACUUCCACUUCUAGAGAUCCAGCUAAAAUAAAGCUCUUACAACAUCAUAUUCAGCUUUAUAGGUGGUAGGUAUAGGUCAUUGGAUCUCCCUUUGCACAGGUAGGGUCAUAAUUUGUCUUUGCGUUUUCACUGUGUUUUACAGUAUAUGAUAUAAUACAUAACCUUGAGCGAUUUUCAGUCUUUCUAUCCUUUGUUACCUGCACAACAUCAAAGUCUUUUGGACACGUUUGUAAGCCACUUCCUUUAGAGGUUUAAAAAUAGCCCUGCUUCUUGAGGAAAUAUGCUGUACUACCUUUCAGUGCUUUAGAAGUUUGUCUGUGAGUUUAUAUGGAAGGAAUGUAUGUUAUAUAUAUUUUUUUUUUCUCUACUCAGUGUUGUCUGCUAUUACUGAUCAAAUGUGAUGCAUGUGUAACACAUUUCUAAAGGAAAACCUCCAUGUGCUUUCUUUAGGAUUUUUUUUAAAAUGCAUUCUUACAUGCAUUGUCAAGUACAGCAUGGCAUGAAUUGGGGAGAGUGGGGUAAGAUGAGCCACCCCCCUUUAUCUAGAGAAAGAUAAAUUGGAUCAGAUUGUAAUGGAGGAACAACCAGAACUGAAUGACAUUAAGACAGUGGAUGAUAAAGAAAAACUUUCAUCACAUCCUGUGGAUUCCUCACAACAGCUAGAAACAUCAUUUACUAAUGAUGUAGAUUCAGAUGCGGCCUUUAGCGCCUCCUGUCUGACCACAGCGGAACUGCAGCAGCACUGGAGAGCCGUUAAGCAGGAGUUCAGGAGCGUUAAACUGCUGUUUGAAAUUCCCACAGCGCGAAUCAUCGACCGAACAACGUCUAAAUAUGUGGUGUACCAGAUUGUGGUGCUUCGCUCAGGCAGUUAUGACUGGGAGCGUGUAGCUAUCGAGCGACGAUACUCCGACUUCCUCCACUUACACCAGGAGCUCCUGCUAGACUUCUGCGAGGAGAUGGAGGACCUUGUGAUGCCCAGGAAGAGAAUGACAGGAAACUUCUCAGAAGAGAACAUCUCAGAGCGGCGUGUUGCCCUCCAAGACUAUCUUACUCAACUCUACUCCCUCCGUUAUAUCCGUCAGUCACCAACUUUUCAAGCGUUUUUCACUCAUCAGGAACUAAAAACGGCAUAUGACCUGCUGCGUGGAGGCCGCUUUUCUCUGGCCCUUGAGGGCCUCCAGAAGGUGCUUUUACUUCAGGACAAAUUGUCUUCUCAUGACCCUACUGUGGUGAUACCGACCUUAUGCGCCAUACUGGUGUGCCAGAGGGAUUUAGAGGACUUCAAUGCUGCUUUUGAAACCGGCCGCCAGGCUCUGCCCACAGUGAGGCGCUAUGAGCUGCGGCACUAUCAGGCGCCCCUGCUGGAGGCUCUUGUUGAUUUGGGGUACAGUCUUGGCCUGCCUGUGGCCCAAUUACAAGAAGAACUGACCAGAGUAAGAAACUAUCCACAUGGGCAUAUGUCACAGAUGUCCAUCAAAGAACUGGUGGUACAAGAGUUUGUGUAAUCACUAACAACUGUAAAUUUGCUGAGCUAUUGCUCAGAUUUAGAGUCAGGGAUUUUUCAAAACCGCCCCAAAACAUUUCUGCUACGGACAUGAAUGAUUCAUCAAAUCGUGUGGCUUAUUGGGAAGAGGUGUCCUAUUUUUUGCUUAAGUGGUUGGUUUUAAGUUUUUAGCACAGCAGCUGAAAAAUAGUUUUUAAAAAAAAUCCCAGAAUAUAAAAUAUCUAGCAGGCCAGUAAGGAACCACCUAGCAACCACUCAGAACACCACAGAACACACCUUUGAUUGGAUAUAAAAUUUGGACAUAAAAUAGCUCCAAUUAUGAAUAAAGAUAUUUUUGGAAAAAUAAAAAUAAAAGUGCUCUUUGGGAAACACUGUAAAAUGGGAUGGAGCCCCUAAGAGGAUAGGGGGGAUUUAUUUUCUGAAAUAGUUUUGCAUUCCCUACAAUAGUUUGCAUUCCAUUACAUUAAGUUUUGCAAUCCCUUGCAGUAAGUUUUGCGUUGACAUGCAUCAGUUUGCGUUCACUCACAAUAAGUUUUGCGUUCCCUCGCAAAAGAUUGCAUUCCCUUACAGCAUGUUUUGUAAUUUCCAUGCAAUAGUUUGCAUUCCCACACAAUAAGUUUUGUGUUCCCCCAGGAUAGUUUACAUUACCUUGCAAUACAUUUUGCGUUCCCUUACAAUACGUUUUGUGUUCCCUCGCAAUAAGUUUAGCCUUCCCUCGCAAUAAGUUUUGUGUUCCCUCACAGUUUGCGUUUACCUCACAAUAUGUUUUGGACUACCCUGGUAAGCUUUAUCCAUCCCUUACGAAAAUUAACCAUGGUUUUAGUACAGUAACAUCAUUUCAACCAUGGUAUUCACAUAGUAAUAACAGGAAAAACCAAACUGGUAAUACAAAUCUUAAGCAUUUUGUCUUGGUUAAAGUUUUACCAUGUUAACACCAUGGUUAAUUUUACUAAGAAUAUCAUGGUUAAAAUAUAGUUACUGUAGUAAAACCAUGGUAAAUUUUGUGGUAAUGGUUUUACUAUAAAUAUCAUAGUUGAACUAUAGUUACUGUAGUAAAACUGUGGUAUAUUUUGUUGAUGCAAUGGAUUUAUUUAAAAUGCCAUAGCCCAACUAUGGUUACUGUGGUUAAACCAUGGUUAAUUUUCAUAAGGGAUGGAUGAAUGUACUGCAUGAGAACCCAAAAUAAUUGCGAGUGAACGCAAAACUUAUUGUGAGGGAACACAAUCUAUUUAAAAAAAAAAAAAAUUCUUCCCUGUCCUCUGAGGGGCUGUGUAAUACGAAAACUUUUACCACAAUGGACAUUUUUUCUAUCCAAGUGUCCAUUUCUCUUAAAUUAUUGUUUCUUUUUUUUAAUAGAUAUAUGCAUACCCUCAGGGAACAAGCAUCCAACAAACUCAAAUAGGAUGAAUCAUUAUCAUGUAUCCUUCAAUAUGUUUUAUAGGAGCAUUACAGUGCAGUUUGUAAAAAUACAUAAAAUGUGUCUUUGCACCAACAUGUGCCUUAUUGUGAUUGAAAUACAACAUAUUUUGUAUUGUUUUAUUUCAGAAAAAUUCCAAAAUAACAUUUAAUCUCCAAAGCAAAGUAUUUAAUGAAUGCAAUACUGUGCAUGCACAUAAUAACUGUCUACUGUGUAACCAUAUGAUUAUUAACUGUAAUAGAACUGUAAAGGAUGAAUAUAAACUUCAAAUCAAAUAAAGGUGUGCAAAUAUUGUGGCAGUGUUUGAACUACAAUUUAAUCAGAUAUAAAAGGAAAACUUCACAUCUUCACAACAACAAAUCAGUAAUAGUGUUAUGCGAUUUUACGGAAGUCUAGGAAGCAGUUCCGGUCUGAUGUGAUAUACAGAUGCAGAUGACACUUGCUGCACUUGAUCUGGACGAUGCCCUUACAGCCAGGAUACUUGCACCUGCCUUUCUUCUCCAUUGGUACGUUCUGUCUUGGCUCACCUCAUCAGACACACCUGAGACCACCAGUCCCUUCUUUUCGUAUCCUCCAGGGCUGCUGUCACUCUUUAUGACGGAGGUCUUUCACUCAGCGCUGCUGAUCUUCAAUGACCUGCACAAACAAGGUGCAGAAACUACACAUUUUGUAAACAUUUUGUUAUGAGUGAAAUCAGUACUUUUAAGACUAUGAUCUGUCCUGUGACAGACAGAUUUGGCUCAACUAUACCCAAGAUUCAGAGAAAACAAAGUGAUUCUAAUUUAAAAUAAAAAUUUGGCUGAACAAUCAAACUACUGUCACGGAUCCACCAGACUCCCUCUCUCACUCCACGCUCCGCUCACUCUCCCCUGAGUUUUGAUCACUUGCACCUACACAUCAUCAGUGACUAAUCAAGGACUUCAUUUAUACCCAGCCUUCACACUCACUCUUUGUCUGUUCUUGUCAGUGUUAUCCCAGACACUACGGACUCCCUAGUUUGUCUAGACUUACCCGUGUAUAUAUACUUACCUGUUAUUGUUCUCAUCAGAGUUUUGUUUUAGUUCAUCCUCCGUUUGUUCCCCAGCAUUUGGAUUCUCCUGUUUCGUUUACGUUUCCUGUAAAGAUCUAAAGACUGUUGUGAGUUAACCUUUCAUUUGCACAUCGCUAUAUUUCCCUGUUUGGAUAUUACUCACCUACUGUCUGCAUCUUAUCUGUUUCUGGAUUGCCUCACCUGUUGUUUACAUCACUGCUUCGUUCACCUGUCUAAUAAACCCCGCGAUUGUGUCCAUAUCCCUGCCUCCGUGAGUGUCUCCGUGACUACUUUUUGAA